ACAUGGAUGGUGAGAGGAGGAUAACGGCCGAGUGUCACCCGGCUCUGGUUUUCUUUUCGAAGGAAAACCGUGGACCUUCACAAAAAUAAAUUUAACCCAACUGUUGUCAUAAAAAUCCCACGAUGGCAUCCUACCGCUUUGUUGUCUCUGUGGAUGCUGGUGGUGGUCCUUGCGUGGACAAGAUGAGGGCCGAGCUUCAGAAGGAUACCGGUACUAGUACUACUAGUGGUGUUGGUAGUAGCACUGUACCAAUAGGAGCAAGUGCCAUGGUGUCAAGAUCUCGAGGGUCGGAGGAGAAAGCAAUGACGGCAUCUGGUGGUUCUAGUGGCUCCACUAGUAGUGGUUCUAGUAGUUGUAAUCCAAUUUGUAUUUCGGAUGACAGCGACGACCAGAACUGGGACGACGGCCCUUUGGCAGCUCUGGUGGAUCGUGCGACUGACACUCGUCAUUCUGUGCGACUUACGGCGGAGCAAUCUCGCGUGAUGGUGCAAAUGACGAAGAUGCGCAGCACUUUGGAGACGCAUGUUCAAGAUGAACUCUGCAAGCGCAAUUCCACUGGUGCGAGUAAUAAGCGAAAGCGAGACUCACUCUUUCAAUCCAUCAAUGCACUCAAGGGCACGGGGGACUACGACCACAGAUUCAUUGACUGCAUGCACACCCUCAGAGAAUACGGUAACGCCGCCGUGCAUGCUCGCUACCACGCUUUGCCAUCUUAUGAACAAUGCACCGUGGCAGUAGUGGAUUAUUUGGAGUAUCAAAAACAACACUCUAGAAAGAAACGACGAAGAACUGCUGCCAGCUAGCUAUCUCAUGGGGAACUCUCAACACAGUUCAGGCACUUUGGUAGACUUUCUGGAGACUGUCUCUCUGUCUCUGGUUUGGAAAAUGAAAGAUGAUUGGGGAUGGAAUCAAGUUGCUACAAUCUAUAACUUUUAUCUAGUGUAGCCAUAUCUAUUUCAAUGGUACCCAUGGCUGCAAUGAUCUUCUUUCAUU